CAGCAUUCGUGACUGGCAACGUCGCUUCGUUCGUCCGUCGCCGAAAGAAAUCGAGAAUUUCAGAAGAUUUUUUGGAUUCUACACGGCCCCGCUGAGAAGGCAGUGCCUGCAUUCUUCUGCUGCUGGUUCUUCUUCUUCUUCUCUGGCUCUUCUUCUUCAGCCGCGGCGCGGGUGUGUGUGCGUGUGUGCCCCCUACUCUCCAAAAACCGUGUGUGAGCGUGUGCGUGUGUGUGUGUGUGCGUGUGCAGAAGAAUCGCAUCCCCCCCCUCACCCCACCCACACAAUCAAUCAAAAUCAAAUUAUAUCAAUGGAAAUCAAUGAAAGAAUCUCGCUUGCCAAGAAGAAGAAACGGUAAAGAUCAUCCAAAAACCAAGCACACAACAACCACAACAACAACAACAUCAAAAGCAACCACGAAGAAGGACUAAAACGAACGAAAAGCGAAGAAAGGAGAAACUGUUUAUUAUUUUUUUCAAGUGUAUUUCUGUUCGCUAACAAAAAUAUGUGCGCGUGUAUGAGUGUCAAGUGUAAACAACAACAGCAACAAAAGCUACAGCGGCCACAACAACAACGACAGCAAACAUGUGCAAAAUAAGCCAUAGCCAAAAAGCAACAACAGCAGCAACACAAUAAUAAUAAUAAUAAUAAUAUUUGUUAUAAUAAUGGCUUGAAAACGAAAGAAAAUCACACACACAACAACAACAACAACCAAAACAACAACAGCAAACCCUCACCAUUCGACAACAACUACAACUACAACAAUCCCCCACACACAACAACAACAAAAGCCCCCUUUAUAAGAAAUUAUUUUUCGGAACUAAAGUGAAAAAAAAAUCAAGAAACAUAACCAUUACAAUAAUAAUAACACACAGAAAUUGGCUUGUUUAUGAAUUUUUUUGAGCACGUAACAAAAACAUAAUACUUAAGGUGUAAAUGUGAUGACUAUAACAAAAAAAAACAACAAAUAAACAAACAAAAAUCCAAUAUAACUAACAACAAAAAUCGAGAACACAUAUAAUGCCAGGCCUUAUUAGCCCCAAAUUGGUAGAAUCCAAAUCCAAAAACUAAGAGAACACAAAACGAAAAAAAACCAAAAACCGAAACAAGAACUGACUGAGAAUUGAAUUAACCCAAGAAAGCCCACGAAUGCAGCCAACAUUGCCACAAGCCGCUGGGACAGCCGAUAUGGAUCUGACGGCUGUUCAAUCAAUCAACGAUUGGUUUUUCAAAAAGGAGCAAAUUUAUUUAUUGGCACAGUUUUGGCAACAGCGCGCUACCCUGGCCGAAAAGGAAGUGAACACACUCAAAGAGCAGCUAUCCACCGGCAAUCCCGACAGCAACCUCAACAGCGACAACAGCGACACAGCAGCAGCAGCAGCAACAGCAGUUGCAGCAGCAACCAACGACAGUGAGGAGGAUCAGCAGCAGCAGCACCAGCUACAUUUGGAAAGCGACAGCGACAAGCUGCUGAACAGCUCCAUUGUUGCAGCGGCCAUAACGCUGCAGCAGCAGAACGGCAGCAAUCUGCUGGCAAACACAAAUACGCCGUCGCCCUCGCCGCCGUUGCUCAGCGCCGAGCAGCAGCAGCAGUUGCAGAGCAGUUUGCAACAGAGCGGCGGUGUCGGUGGUGUCGGCGGCGCCUGCCUCAAUCCGAAGCUCUUCUUCAAUCACGCCCAGCAGAUGAUGAUGAUGGAGGCGGCAGCUGCGGCAGCGGCGGCGGCAUUGCAACAGCAGCAGCAACAGCAAUCGCCAAUGCAUUCGCCGGCGAACGAAGUUGCAAUCCCCACAGAACAGCCAGCAGUAACGGCAACAGGAGCAGCAGCGGCGGCAACAGCAACACCGAUUGCAACUGGCAACAUCAAGAGCAGCAGCAGCAGCAGCAACAUCAAUCACACCAGCAACAACAGUCACCAGGACGAGGAGGAUCUGGAUGAGGAGGAGGAGGAGGAGGAUGAGGACGAGGACGAUGAGGACGAGAAUGCCUCGAUGCUAUCGAAUGCUGAUGAUAUGGAGCUGGAUGCACAGCAAGAAACCAGAACUGAGCCAAGUGCAACCACACAGCAGCAACAGCAGCAGGAUGCAGAUCUUGAGGAGAACAAGGAUGCGGGGGAGGCUUUAAAUGUUAGCAAUAAUCACACAACCGAUAGCAAUAAUAGUUGUAGUCGAAAGAACAACAAUGGUGGCAAUGAGAGUGAGCAACAUGUUGCCAAUUCCGCGGAGGACGAUGAUUGCGCCAACAACAACACGAACACCAGCAAUAACAACAAUACCAGCAGCACCGCCACCAGCAACACCAACAACAACAACAGCAGCACCGGCAACAGCGAGAAGCGCAAGAAGAAGAACAAUAACAACAACAAUGGCCAGCCUGCUGUUCUAUUAGCUGCCAAAGAUAAAGAGAUUAAAGCACUUCUGGACGAACUGCAACGCCUGAGGGCGCUGGAGCAGACGCACCUGGUGCAAAUCCAGCGACUGGAGGAGCACUUGGAGGUCAAGCGGCAGCACAUCAUGCGAUUGGAGGCCCGUCUGGACAAGCAGCAGAUCAAUGAGGCGCUGGCCGAGGCAACCGCCUUGGCGGCAGCUGCUGCCACCAACAACAACAACAACAGCCAGAGCAGCGACAACAACAAGAAGCUGAACAGCACCACCAGUGGCGGAGCUCCACUGGAUGCCUCAUCAUCCAUAUCCAUUGGCGAUCUGCCGGAGGCCACAAAGGCACCGAUUGCACCAGCGGAGGAUGAGGACGAGGAUGAGGAUCAGGCCAUGCUGGUGGAUCCCGAGGAGGCGGAGGUUAAGCCAGAGGAGCAGCCGCAUCAUCGCGAAGAGGAGGAUGACGAGGAGGAGGAGGAGGCCGAGGAUCGGGAGGCGGUCAAUGCCACCACAACCGAUAGCAACGAGCUCAAAAUCAAAAAGGAACAGCACAGUCCGCUGGAUCUGAAUGUGCUCAGUCCGAAUUCGGCCCUGGCCACUGCCGCUGCGGCCGCCGCUGCCGCCGCCUGCGCCAAUGACCCCAACAAAUUCCAGGCGCUGCUCAUCGAGCGGACCAAAGCCCUGGCCGCCGAGGCGCUCAAGAAUGGCGCCAGUGAUGCCAUCAGCGAAGAAAUCAACCGAAAUGAAGCAGAAGAAGAAGAAGAAGAUGAUGAAGAACCAGCAACUGCAGCACUUGCAACACUGGCCACACAUGCCACACCUGCAACACUGGCCACAACAAGUGAUGCAACACUGGCCAACGAAAAGGAAACGAAAGUUGGCCAUGAAAUGGCGCCCAAACAGGAAAUCGAAGAAGUGGAUGAUGAGGAGGAGGAGGAGGAUCCGGUGAUCCUGCCGGAGCAACUGGUCAACGAUUAUUGGCGAAGGGGCUUCGAGUCGGGGAAUAAUACAAAUAAUACGAAUAAUACAAAUGCCAGCCAAGGGAGCAAAACGCCAACAAUUUAUCAAAAUCUUAGGGCCGAGCAGCAGGCACAAUUGCUGCCGCCACCGCCACCACCGCCCCCGCAGCAACAGCAACAUCUACACUUUCCACAGCAACAGCAACAGCAGCAACUGCAACUGCAACAACAACAACAGCAGCAACAACAACAUGGACCAUCGUCCACAGCCUUGCUUAGUCAACUGGUUAACUCAACAUUUUCCAACUCUUCCAACUCUUCUCGCCUAGAUGCCCACCACCAACAACAGCAGCAGCAGCAGCAGCAACACCACCAACAGCAGCAACAGCAACACCACCAGCAGCAACAUCACCAGCAACACCACCAGCAGCAGCAACACCUCCACCAGCAGCAACAUCAUCAUCACCUGCAAAACAGCGGCAGCAACAGCAAUCCAGCCACCAACGACAGUUUGAACCACCAUCAUGGACACCAUCUGCAUGGCCAUGGCCUGCUGCAUCCUUCGGCGGCGCACCACCUGCACCACCAACAGGCCGGCAACGAGUCCAGUUCGAAUUCGAGUACACCCACUGCGGCUGCCAACAGCGGCAGCAAUGGCAGCGGCAACACGAAUGCCACCAGCAAUGCCACCGCUCAAUUGGCCGCCAGUUUGGCCAGCACACUGAAUGGCAACAAAUCGCUGCUCCAGGAGGAUAGCAAUGGUUUGGCCGCCGCCGCCGCCAUGGCCGCCCAUGCCCAACAUGCCGCCGCCCUGGGUCCAGGAUUCCUGCCCGGUCUGCCGGCAUUCCAAUUUGCCGCCGCCCAAGUGGCCGCCGGUGGCGAUGGACGUGGUCAUUAUCGUUUCGCUGACUCGGAAUUGCAAUUGCCACCGGGUGCAUCGAUGGCCGGGCGUCUGGGUGAAUCCCUCAUACCCAAGGGUGAUCCCAUGGAGGCCAAGCUGCAGGAGAUGUUGCGCUAUAAUAUGGACAAGUAUGCCAAUCAGGCACUGGAUACCCUGCACAUCUCGCGGCGAGUGAGGGAACUGCUGUCGGUGCACAACAUCGGGCAGCGACUGUUUGCCAAAUAUAUUUUGGGGCUGUCGCAGGGCACCGUUUCGGAGCUGUUGAGCAAACCCAAGCCGUGGGACAAGCUGACGGAGAAGGGACGCGAUAGCUACCGCAAAAUGCACGCCUGGGCCUGUGACGAUAAUGCCGUCAUGCUGCUCAAAUCGCUGAUACCCAAGAAAGAUUCUGGCCUGCCGCAGUAUGCGGGUCGUGGUGCCGGCGGCGCUGGCGGCGAUGAUUCCAUGUCCGAGGAUCGGAUUGCCCACAUCCUCAGCGAGGCCUCGUCGCUGAUGAAGCAGGGCGGAGUGGUGCCGCAUCGGGAGCAGGAGCGUCGCAGUCACGGCGGUGAGGAUUCGCACAGCAACGAGGACAGCAAGUCGCCACCGCAAAGCUGCACAUCGCCGUUCUUCAAGGUGGAACAGCAGCUGAAGCAGCACCAGCAUCUCAAUCCCGACCAGGCCGCUGCCGCCCAGCAGAGGGAAAGGGAGCGGGAGCAGAGGGAACGGGAGCAGCAGCAGCGACUGCGGCACGAGGAUUUGGCCCAGGACAAGAUGGCACGUCUCUACCAGGAGCUGAUUGCCCGCACUCCCAGGGAGACGGCUUUUCCAAGCUUCCUCUUCUCACCCUCGCUCUUUGGAGGAGCAGCUGGCAUGCCUGGAGCAGCCGGCAACGCCUUCCCCGCCAUGGCCGAUGAGAAUAUGCGUCACGUGUUCGAGCGCGAGAUUGCCAAGCUGCAGCAGCACCAGCAGCAGCAACAGGCUGCCCAGGCGCAGGCUCAGUUCCCCAACUUCUCGAGCCUGAUGGCCCUGCAGCAGCAGGUCCUCAAUGGCGCCCAGGAUCUCUCGCUGGCCGCCGCAGCCGCCAAGGACAUCAAACUGAAUGGCCAGCGAUCCUCGCUGGAACACAGUGCCGGCAGCAGCAGUUGCUCCAAGGAUGGCGAACGGGAUGAUGCGUAUCCGAGUUCGCUGCAUGGUCGCAAAUCGGAGGGUGGUGGCACUCCUGCCCCACCAGUUCCACCAUCUGCCGGCGCCGGAGCACCACCCACAGCGGCACCACCAACUGGGGGAGCCAGCAGCAAUUCCGCGGCACCCAGUCCGCUGAGCAAUUCGAUCCUGCCGCCAGCACUGAGCAGCCAGGGUGAGGAGUUCGCCGCGACAGCAAGUCCGCUGCAGCGCAUGGCCUCCAUCACCAACUCGCUGAUCACCCAACCGCCGGUGACGCCGCACCACAGUACACCACAGCGACCCACCAAGGCGGUGCUGCCGCCGAUCACCCAGCAACAGUUCGAUAUGUUCAACAACCUGAACACCGAGGAUAUUGUACGCAGGGUGAAGGAGGCCCUCUCACAGUACUCCAUCUCGCAGCGAUUGUUUGGCGAAUCCGUGCUGGGCUUGUCGCAGGGCUCGGUCUCCGAUCUGCUGGCCAGGCCCAAGCCCUGGCACAUGCUCACCCAGAAGGGCCGCGAACCCUUCAUCCGCAUGAAGAUGUUCCUGGAGGACGAGAAUGCGGUGCACAAGCUGGUGGCCAGCCAGUACAAGAUUGCGCCCGAGAAGCUGAUGCGAACGGGCAGCUACAGUGGCAGUCCGCAGAUGCCGCAGGGAUUGGCCAGCAAAAUGCAGGCCGCCUCGCUGCCCAUGCAGAAGAUGAUGAGCGAACUGAAGCUGCAGGAGCCGGCACAGGCGCAGCAUCUGAUGCAGCAAAUGCAGGCGGCGGCCAUGUCGGCGGCAAUGCAGCAGCAGCAACAGGUGGCCCAGGCGCAGCAGCAGGCACAGCAGGCGCAGCAGGCCCAGCAGCAUUUGCAGCAGCAGGCGCAACAGCAUCUGCAGCAGCAGCAGCAACAUCUCGCCCAGCAGCAACAUCCCCAUCAGCAGCACCAUCAGGCGGCCGCCGCAGCAGCCGCACUGCAUCACCAAAGCAUGCUCUUGACCUCGCCCGGACUUCCGCCGCAGCAUGCCAUCAGUCUGCCCCCUUCGGCGGGUGGCCCUCAGCCAGGUGGUCCCGGCAGCCAGGGCAACGCCAAUGCCUCGAACAGCGAGAAGAAACCCAUGCUGAUGCCCGUUCAUGGCACCAAUGCCAUGCGCAGCCUGCACCAGCACAUGUCACCCACCGUCUACGAAAUGGCCGCCCUCACCCAGGAUCUGGACACCCACGACAUCACCACCAAGAUCAAGGAGGCACUGCUGGCCAACAACAUUGGCCAGAAGAUAUUCGGUGAGGCCGUCUUGGGAUUGUCGCAGGGAUCCGUCUCUGAGCUGCUGAGCAAACCCAAGCCCUGGCACAUGCUCUCCAUCAAGGGGCGGGAACCCUUCAUCCGGAUGCAGUUGUGGCUCAGCGAUGCCAACAAUGUGGAGCGUCUGCAGUUGCUGAAGAACGAGCGACGUGAGGCCAGCAAACGGAGGAGAAGCACGGGCCCCAAUCAGCAGGAUAAUAGCAGUGAUACCUCCAGCAAUGAUACCAAUGACUUCUAUACCAGCAGUCCGGGUCCGGGAUCCGUGGGCUCUGGCGUCGGUGGAGCACCGCCGAGCAAAAAGCAACGUGUCCUCUUCUCCGAAGAGCAAAAGGAGGCACUGCGUCUGGCCUUCGCUUUGGAUCCGUACCCAAAUGUGGGCACCAUAGAGUUUCUGGCCAAUGAAUUGGGCUUGGCAACGCGAACGAUCACCAAUUGGUUCCACAAUCAUCGCAUGCGAUUGAAGCAACAGGUGCCGCAUGGCCCUGCUGGCCAGGAUAAUCCGAUACCGAGUCGCGAGAGCACCAGUGCCACGCCCUUCGAUCCCGUCCAGUUUCGCAUCCUGCUGCAGCAGCGUCUGCUGGAGCUGCACAAGGAGCGAAUGGGCAUGAGCGGUGCCCCCAUACCCUAUCCGCCGUACUUUGCUGCCGCCGCCAUUUUGGGACGCAGUCUGGCGGGGAUUCCCGGUGCGGCAGCGGCAGCCGGAGCAGCUGCAGCGGCCGCCGCUGUGGGAGCAUCGAGCGGUGAUGAGCUGCAGGCCCUGAAUCAGGCCUUCAAGGAGCAGAUGAGCGGCCUGGACCUGUCGAUGCCCACCCUGAAGCGUGAGCGCAGCGAUGACUAUCAGGAUGAUCUGGAACUCGAGGGCGGUGGCCACAAUCUGAGCGACAAUGAGUCACUGGAGGGUCAGGAAGCGGAGGACAAGACCACCGAUUAUGAGAAGGUGUUGCAUAAAUCCGCCUUGGCCGCCGCCGCCGCCUAUAUGUCCAAUGCGGUGCGAAGUUCGCGACGCAAGCCGGCCGCCCCACAAUGGGUCAAUCCCGCUGGGGCAGUGACCAAUCCAAGUGCUGUGGUUGCAGCAGUUGCAGCGGCAGCAGCAGCAGCGGCGGACAACGAACGCAUCAUCAACGGGGUGUGCGUGAUGCAAGCCUCGGAGUAUGGACGCGAUGAUGGCGAUGGCAACAAGCCAACGGAUGGCGGCAACGAUUCCGACCAUGAGCAUGCCCAGCUGGAGAUCGAUCAGCGCUUCAUGGAACCGGAGGUGCACAUCAAGCAGGAGGAGGAUGACGAUGAGGAGCAAUCGGGCUCGGGAUUGGGUCAUCUGGACAACGAGGAUAGUGCCGGCGAUCAGAAACUGAAGGUGGUCAACGAGGAGAAGCUGCGAAUGGUGCGAGUUCGGCGGCUGAGCAGCACCGGUGGUGGUUCCUCCGAGGAGAUGCCUGCCCCACUGGCGCCACCGCCACCGCCACCACCACCAUCGUCAUCAUCAUCUGCCUCUGCCUCUGCCAGCGGGGAGAGCUCCACCGGCAGCAGUAGCAGCACCACCAGCGGCACCACACCGGCAGUAGCCACAGCUGCUGCGACCACGGCAGCCGGUUGGAAUUACUAGAUAAACUAAAUAUGAAUUCAGUGCAAUGUAGUGAGGAGCGGAGAUGGAAACGCGUUUACUUGUGAUUAAGUUUGAAUGUUUAAACGAUGUGAGGACCCCGGAGACAUGCAUACAUACAUUAUAUAUAAAUAUAUAUAUAUAUAGUAAAUAGCACUUAGGCUCUAGAAAACUCUAUUUUUUUUUGGUUUUUUUUAUUAAACAUUAACUACUAAAUAUAGGCGUUAGUUGUAGCCAAUAAGAUAGCCUUAGGUUGAGGAGUUGUAAUAGUUGUAGCUAAAAGUUUAGAGACGCUAUGCGAUGAUUAUGAUGGUGAAGAUAAUGAUGAUGAUGAUGUGAGAGAGAGAGAGCAGCGCAAAAGUAUUAAUGAAGGAAAACCCCAUUUAAGAGACCCCCGACUUGCCGAAGAACUUUAACCAAAACGUCGAGAUCCAAUUGAUAGUGAAAGAUUUGAUCUUGCAAAGAUUUUCGAUUUCGAUAUUUCGAUUUGUUUCUACUUGAAGACUGUAAGCAAAGGCGGUAGGAUUGAUAACUACACACGUAAUUCUAUUCUAUAUCUUUUUUUUUUGAGAAACUAUUAUAUGAUUAUUAGCAGUUUAGCUGGCUAAGUGUAAAUACAUAAAUAAAUGACGAUGAUGUUCGAUGGUGUACAUAGAUUUCUCGCGAGGCACAUGAUCUUGCUGUCGUUCUUCCUAAAGAAAAUCCUACCUUCUACCACCCUCAGCAACCGACUUGUUUAACUAUCUUUUGAUCUCAAGCAAAAAACAAAACAAAAACGUAACGAAACAAAAAACAAACCGAUAUUGAAAGGGAAUCGUGUAGGAAGGAGUGGAGUGAAAAUCCAAAGUAAAAGAUAGUUAAAGGCAAGGCAGAAAUGCAUCUUGCAGAACAUUUCCCCCUUUUUUUGUUGCCCAAAAUCAUAAAAUAUGACGAUGAGAAAGGGAAAGGCAAAUCGAGAAAAAUAUAUAACAAUAAACUUUGUAAAUUCUGAAUUUACAUAAAAAUCACACACACCCACACACAAACCACACUUACACAACAAAGAAACACACACACACACAAAUUGAGUAAUUCAUAAUUAUAGCAAAAAUAAACAUGCAAAAUGCACUAAAUUAUUUAUAAUCUAAUUAUUCUAUACAUAAUUAUAUAUAAUUAUACAUAUGCAUAUAAAGCGAAAAGCGGAAAAUUUAUCAACUUAGCCUAACGGUAAUUUAAAUUUGCAUUAAACCCUAGCAUAAAUAACUACAAUUUUUUUCUGUGAAUCUAAAAUAUUUAAAGAUGAAAAUAAAAAAACACAACCCGCAUAUCGUACUAAAGAAAUUACAUAAAUGAAAAAAAGUAAAAAAAAAACAACACAAAAACCCUAAUCUAAGACAGCCAAUUUUUUUUUGCCUAGAUCUUAAGUUUACAACGUAAUCGUAAUAUUAAAUAAAUUACAAAAUAAACAAGCAAAAAAAAAUUAAACAAAAAAAUGAAUCUGUUUUCCUAUACGAACAAGAGACAACAACACAGAAAACCAAGAAGAGCAAAAAACAAAUUUUAAGAAAUAUUUAAACCUUUUUUUUCCUAGGCUAAAUGUUUAAGCUAAACAAAAAACAGAUUUCUCAAAACCAAAAAAAAAAAGCUAAAUAAAUUAAAACUACACGAAAACCAUUUUUGCAUAGGCCCAAAAUUUGCCGCGUUAUUAUUAUUAUUAUUACAUACAUAUAUAUGAGAUGAAGAAAUAAAGAGAAAAAAAAUUACCAACAUAUACCAAACACAUUUCAAAAACCUAAUAAAAAUACAAUUUGCGUCUUCAAGCGAAAUUUAUACAAGAAA